AUCACCGUACUGCAUGCCAAUGCCCAAGUGGGUGGCUUCCCUACCUCUUCUGCCUCGGCAGGAUGGGCCAAAAUCUUGGAUGCCAACAUUCAUGGAGUGAUCAACACUGUGCAGCACUUUGUUGCUCGUAUGAAAUGCUCUCGAUCAUUCAUCGUCAUCACUGCCUCCACAGCGGCUUUCGACGCCGAUCCCAUGUGGGGCGCGGCUUACAAUGUGAGUCAAGCCGCAAUCAAAGUCUUUGCUGAACAAUUGGCACACGACUUGAAGCACGACAAGGACUGCAAAGCAAGUGCACACCGUCUUGUGCCUGGCGUCAGGCAAGGGUCAAGUGCGACCGAAGACGAAGUGUGGCAGCCUCUGGGGCGGCAAACAGCCUCGUUCACAGCCGCAUACGCCCUGAAGAAGCUCGAGUCUGGCUGCUUCUACAUUGUGUGCUCGGAUCCCGGUCCAGGUCUGAACAUCGGAGCAGGACAGUGGACCUUUGAGGACGUCUUCUCCAAUCGAGCUGCCCUUUCAAGAUGGGACGACGAGUACAAGCAGAGCUAC